UCCCGAGCUUCCGGCCUAAGUGUAAAUGGGUACAUGACACAGUUGUUUGGGGGAUAUCUGCGAAAACCUUUAACGUCAACCGAAAACCCGUCGACGCCGCGGUUGAGCUCCUUAGCGGCUAGCAGCCCGGUGUGUGUCCGCCGCAGGCCGCGAUGGAGGCGGUCCCCCGGAUGCCGAUGAUCUGGCUGGACCUGAAGGAGGCUGGGGAGUUCCAGUUCAGCCCGUCCGUCAGGCAGUUCAUCCUGAAGAACUACGGAGAGAAUCCGGACAACUACAACGAACAGCUGAAGAAACUGGAGACGCUGCGGCAGAGCUCAGUGAAUGUGACGAGGGAUUUUGAGGGAUGCAGCACACUGAGGAAGUAUUUUGGCCAGCUCCAUUACCUCCAAAGCCGCAUCCCACUGGGACCGGGCCAGGAGGCCGCCGUGCCCAUCUCAUGGACUGAGAUCUUCUCUGGGAAAACAGUGACCCAUGAUGACAUCAGCUAUGAGCAAGCCUGCAUCCUCUACAAUCUGGGGGCCCUGCACUCCAUGUUGGGAGCCAUGGAUAACAGGGUGUCUGAGGAGGGGAUGAAGGUGUCGUGCACACACUUCCAGUGCUCGGCGGGGGCGUUCUCCUACCUGAGGGAUCACUUCAGCCACAACUUCAGCGUGGACAUGAGUCACCAGAUCCUUAACCUCAACAUCAACCUUAUGCUGGGCCAGGCUCAGGAGUGUCUUCUGGAGAAAUCCAUGCUGGACAACAGGAAGAGUUUCCUGGUUGCCCGCAUCAGUGCUCAGGUAGUGGAUUACUAUAAAGAGGCCUGCAGGGCCCUGGAGAACUCGGAGACGGCCUCCAUGCUGGGAAAGAUCCAGAAGGACUGGAAGAAACUGGUCCAGAUGAAGAUCUACUACUUUGCUGCUAUUGCACAUCUCCAUAUGGGGAAACAAGCCGAGGAGCAACAGAAGUAUGGAGAGCGGUUGGCCUACCUGCAGAGCUCCCUGGACAAACUCAAUGAAGCAGUGAAGCUGGCCAAGGGUCAACCUGACAGCGUGCAAGAGGCCUUGAGAUUCACCAUGGACGUUAUUGGGGGAAAGUUUAACUCUGCCAAGAAGGACAAUGACUUCAUCUAUCAUGAGACGGUCCCUUCGUUGGAGACACUAGCCUCAGUCAAAGGCGCCCCGCUGGUGAAGGCUCUGCCAGUCAACCCCACCGACCCCAGUGUGACCGGACCGGACCUGUUUGCCAAGCUGGUGCCCAUGGCCGCCCACGAGGCCUCCUCUCUGUACAGUGAGGAGAAGGCCAAGCUGCUGAGAGACAUCAUGGCCAAGAUUGACACCAAGAACGAGACACUAGAGCAGUUCAUGGACUCUCUGGGCCUGGAGCCAGAGUCUGUGGACAAUCUGGACAUGUACAGCCACAUCCCCACUGUCCUCAUGGAGAAGUGUGCUGCGCUCAGCGUCCGGCCUGACACCGUCAAGAGCCUCAUCCAGUCCAUGCAGGUUCUCUCAGGUGUCUUCACUGAUGUUGAAGUCUCCCUGAGGGAAAUCAGAGAUGUACUGGAGGAGGACGAGGCGGGGGUGCGUGCCCUCCAGGAAGUGGCUGGUCCCACAGCGGCCGAGGUGCAUCCCGCGGCCCAGGCCCAGGCCUUGGCCGAGAUCCGUAGGGACCUGGAGAAGUACAUGGAGGCGCACGAGAAGGCCAGUUUCACCAACACAGAGCUCCACCGCGCCAUGAACCUGCACAUCAGCAACCUGCGGCUGCUGGGGGGGCCGCUGGAAAGCCUGAGGGAGGCCCUGCCCCGGCCCCAGCUCAGUGAAGAGGAGGUGGCGGGGCUGCAGUGUAUGAAGCGUAUCCUGGGGAAGGUGCAGGAGAUGAGGGAGCAGAGGAGCUCCCUGGAGAAGCAGCUUCGCGAGCUCAUCCAGCAGGAUGACAUCACCUCCGCCCUCGUCACCACCGACCGGGCUGACAUGAAGCGUUUGUUUGAGGAGCAGCUGAAGAAGUAUGAGCAGGUGAAGGUGUACAUAGACCAAAAUCUAGCAGCCCAGGAAAACAUCCUGAAGGCCUUAACUGAGGCCAAUGUGCAGUAUGCCUCAGUCCGCAAGGGCCUGAGCCAGACAGAACAGCAGUGGAACAACACUGUCCAGAUGCUGGUGGCCUCCUACGAAGCCUAUGAAGACCUGAUGAAGAAGUCGCAGGAGGGGAAGGAGUUCUAUGAUGACCUGGAGGCUAAGGCGUCUCGCCUGCUGGAGAGGGCCAAGACCCUGUGUCAAACCAGAGCAGAGGAGAGGAAAACUGUCCUGGACAGAGAGGCUCAGAAGAAGCCUCCCGCACGGCCCACGGCAGCCAAGCCCUCCCUGCAGCCAAAGGGAUCAGAUGCUGACUCAGCCAACUCUAGCCUGGAGGACCCCGAGCUGGCCCAGCUCAGUGCAGCCAUCCUGGCUCUAGGGGGUGACCUUCCUGAAGAGCUCCGCAGCCUCCCACCAGACAUCCCCUCCCUCCCCACCACAGCGGCUCGUCUGCCUGGCCCUGAGGCCUUCCUUCCACCUAGUGCCAACCUGGGUGGCAGCAGCUCUCUGCCUUGGCCUGGAGCUCCAGCUGCUGGUCUUCCUCGCUUCCCUGCCAACCUGCCCCCUCCUGAGCUCCUGGCACGGAUUGCUCAGUUUCCCACAUCUGGGGCUAUAGCAGGACAAGGACCCCUGCCACGUGGACCCCUCCCUCAGAUGCCCCCCCAGAUGCCCCGACAAAUGCCACCUCAGGUGGCAGUUUCAGGUUAUGGGCCACCUGCUCCCCAAGCCCCCCCGGCUGGUCCCGUGGCUCCUGCCCCUGUGCGGCCCUCUACCACCACUGUGGACAGUAUCCAAACCCCAAUCCCCAGCUAUGCCUCAACCCCACGCCACCCCGUGCCACCCGCAGUUUCCACUGGCUAUAAUGUGCCCCCACAAAUCGCAGCUUAUCCCCAGUUCAUACAACAACCAGGGAUGCCCAUGCAAGGCCCAGGCCAAGCCCCUCCACCCCCACAGCAGCCACAGCAGCAGCCGUAUCCUCAGCCCACUAGGCAGCCGUUGCCUCAGGGGUACCAAGCUGGCCCUCGACCUCUUCCUGGCCCUCGCCCCCCUCCCCAGGCCCAGCAGGGCUACCCACAUGGGUACAUGCCCCCACAGCAGGCACCAGGCAUGCCUCCCCAGUAUCAGCAGACAUUCCCUGGUCAGCCUCAGCCACAUCAACAACAUGGCUACCAGCCCCAGCCUCAGAUACCCCAAGGCUACCAGCCUCCACAGGGCUACGUCCCCCAGCAGCACCCUCAAAUGAUGCCAGGCUCUAUGCCAAGGCCUCCUCAGGGCCAGAUGCCUCCUCACACUACACACCCUCAGAUGCCCCCCACAUCUCAGACCAUGCCCCCUUCAUCCCAGCCCUAUCUACACCCUGCCAACCAGCAGAUGCCACCUGGGCUCCCACACCAACACAUGUUGCCACAGCAGCAGCAAAUCCUAGUGCACCCCAGUGCCCAGCAGAGGCCCCCCCAUCCACAUCAGCAGAUGCAAAUGCCACCUGGUCCCAGACCACAAAUGCCCCCCACAAGUCAGCCAGUGGCACCUGUCUCUCAAAAUUACAUGCCACCUACAAGCCAGCCCAUUCCUCCCGCCCUCCACCCACAGAUGCCUCCUGUCUCACAACCUCAUAUGGCCCCUGGACCUCAGGCCCUCAUGCCAAGGGGCCCCAUGACACAGAUGCCCCCCAGUGCCCUGCCAUCGCAGCACCACCCUCACCCUGGACAGCCCACCAUGCCCCACAUGCCCCAACAGCCCAUGCGGAUGCCGAGCCAGCCCCAGGUGCCACCCCCUCACUCAGGGGCAGUGUGCUAUCCUGGAGGAGCUCCAGUGAUGCCUCAGCAACCUCUGGCGCCACAGCCAGUACCGUCUCAGCAGCCUCAGGCUCCUCUCUCCAUGGCCCAUCCGCAGCCCCCUCCAACCUCCACCAUGUACCCUGCAGCUCCAGGGGUUAAUGUACCUCCAGGUGCCUCACAGCAACCCACUGCCAUGGGCCCACACGGCCCACAGGUUCCCCCUGCCCAGCACAUGAUCCAACCGUCACCUGCAGGUUCUUUGGGGGCUCAACCACCCAACACAGUCCCUCCCUCCCCCUCACCUUCUCCCUCCCCCUCACCCUCUCCAGGCCCUACCUCUCUUGCUCUCACCCCGCAGCAGAGACCCACCCCAGCCCCCACCCCUGGAGGCACAGCGCCCCCUCCUCUCCCCUCUCCCUCUGCUGUCUCUCCCUCUACAUCGCUGUUCCAGCGCCAGAACUCCAGCACAGACGACCUGCUCUCCUCCAGCCCGGAGAGCCAGCCUGGAGGCCCCAAGGCCCCCACCAAUGUCCUCCAACCUACCAAAGCUGACCCACAGGAUGGGGAGCGCCGCAAGAAGAGCUCCCAGGGGGUCCUCCUUAUCCAGGGCGACCCAUACCAAGCUCCUGAGCGUGUCGCCCGCCUCCAUGGCGAACUUGAACGUUACCGGGCCCAGGUAGAAUCCCUGGAGCACCCCUCUGAGAGCGAGGGCGGCCUGUCGGUGCUGGAUGCCCGCUGGAAGGAGCUCCAGGACCAGCAGGAGAAGGAUGCGCGGCAGCUUUCCAUCGCCAUUGCCCGGUGCUACACCAUGAAGAACCGUCAUCAGGAUGUCAUGCCUUACGACGUCAACCGGGUGGUGCUGCGUUCGGGCAAAGAUGACUACAUCAACGCCAGCUAUGUGGAGGAGCUGUCGCCAUACUGCCCUCGCCUCAUCGCCACACAGGCUCCGCUCACCGGCACAGCAGCAGACUUCUGGCUGAUGGUGUAUGAGCAGAAAGUGUCGCUGGUUGUCAUGCUGGUCUCAGAGCAGGAGCUGGACAAGGGAAAGGUUCUGCGUUAUUUCCCAACGGAGCGUGGCCAGCAGCUCUCUCAGGGGCCAAUCACACUCAGCCUGACCACGCAGAAGACCACGCCCACUCACGUGGAGCGAAUGAUCAGUCUGCAGUACCGCGACCAAAGCCUGAAGCGCACCGUCGUCCAUCUCCAGUUCACCUCCUGGCCGGAGCUAGGUCUUCCUGACAGUAAGAGCAACCUGCUGCGUUUCAUCCAGGAGGUCCAUGGUCACUACCUCCACCAGAGGCCCUUACACACACCUGUCGUGGUGCACUGCAGCUCGGGCGUGGGACGCACCGGCGCCUUCUGUCUGCUGUACGCAGCUGUGCAGGAGCUGGAGGCAGGAAACUGCAUCCCAGACCUGCCGCUGCUGGUGAAGAAGAUGAGACAACAGAGGAAGAACAUGCUGCAGGAGAAGCUCCAUUUGAAGUUCUGCUAUGAGGCGGUGUUGAAACACGCCGAGCAGGUCCUGCAGCGCCACGGCAUCACGACCGCCACCUGCAGCAAGAACACCAACUCUGCAGCCGCCAAGGAGUUCUGCGAGUCCUGGUCAGACGAGCCUUACUCCAGACAGGAGUCCCAGCAGGACAUCGUCCUCGGAGGCGACAUGCCCAUCAGCUCCAUCCAGGCCACCAUCGCCAAGCUCAGCAUCCGGCCCCCCAGCGCCACCGACCCAGCCAUGGACGCCGGCGCCCCCUGUGGCCCGGAGGAUCAGGCUUUCUCCACCUCACCUGACCUGUCUGUGGUGGGCGACCUCCAGCCGCCCGAGGACGCCUCACCACUUGCAGACCUCCCACCUCCCUCCUCCUCCUUCAGCCCGCCACUCUCCUCCCCGUCCUCCUCCCCCACCAAGGUCCACUCUCCUCCGCCUAACGGCAUAGAUGCUGCCCCGCCUUGCUUGCCCCCCGAGGCCAACCACCACCCCGAGGCGGCGCCCAGCGUCAGCCCACCUCCUCCGGCUGUCGCUCCCUCCUCUGCACCGGCCCCCUCGUCCCUGGAGCUGCUGGCCUCCCUGACGCCUGAGGCCUUCUCCAUGGAGGGAGGCGGCAAGGGGAAGCAGCGGGUGACCAAGCAGAGCUUCCUGCAGCCGGCCGAGGGUCAGGGCCUGCAGGGCACCAGGGAGGAGGGGGGAGACGACCCCCUCAGCAGCCUCGACCCCCUCUGGAGCCUCAACAAGAGUUGAGAGCGGCCUGCUGCCUUUUUUUAUUUUCUUCUGUUCUCUCACUUUAUCAACCUUUCAGCCGUCAGCGGGAGGCCUGUAGCACUUUCUAAUCCGACUCUAAAGAAUUACACAACACUGAAGCCUGGACGGGACGGCACGGGACGGGACGGGACGGCACGGGACGACAAGCGAAGACAUUUUAACGGUGUUGAUUACCAAGACAGAUGGUAGGGGGUUUGGUUUUGGAGUUGGAUGCAUUUGUCCCACUUUGGGGGUGGAAUCCUUCUCUCUCUCUCACACACUCUCACCCCCUUCCCCCCUUCAUCACCUGUGGCCUGCGCUUCUGGGACCAAAUCACUGUGCACUCGUCUGUCUGUAUCCGUUUAGCCCCCCUGUCACUCUUUGCCGCUUUCUCUCUCUCUCUCUCUCUCUCGCUCUGACAUGGAUGGAAUCCCUUGUGCACUUCCUGCCCCAGACCCCGGCCACUCCAGCAUCGCAAUCCCAGCAUGCACUCCACUGUCCUUGCUCCUUUCACAGGCGGUUGUCAUGGCAAUGGCAGGCUGCAGCGGCGGCGGCAGUGUCUGAUGAUUUUUUUUUUAAACUGGAAGAUGGGAUUACACUAAGGCGACACUUAGAGAUGCAGGCCAAAGACUGGGAGGCAGAGCUUGGAGGAACUGGGCGGAGCUUCCUGGGAGUCCACCCCCCCCCCCAACCCCAAGUCAAUCUACAGUAUGUAUAGCUCCGUCGCUAUAGUAACACAGAGCAGAAUACAAAUCAGCACAGCUAAACAAGUUGAUUAUUUUUCUUUCCUGUCUGUAACACUGUAAAUAUCUUAAAUUAAAUUAGAAUAUUCCAACUGUC